AGGAAAGGACUCUGCCAGAGUCUGUUGGUUGUUGUGUGCGCACGGUUGUUCUUUGUGUGGGUGGUUGAGGUUAGAAGCCUGUAAUGUGUUGGUGGCUGUGCUGUGCGAUGUACCGUUGAAUAUUUAUGUUUUAUUAAUUAUAAAACACACCUAUUGCUGCCGACGCAGCGAAUACAGUAACUCGUCCUUGCAUUUUUAUGGUGCACCAUGUGGCUGGAAGUGGCGCCAGUCCAGUAUUGUGAAGCCCCGGGAGGACCGCCGCUACGGCACUCGGCUUCUUUCUCCUGUCUGUCGCGAGGGGCGGGUCCGCGGGUCCACCCCCACAGGGCGCGCACCGCCACCCUUCCCUCGGCCACCCUCGACACAGACUACGGUUUCGUCAAGAGUCCCUACCGCGCGUACAAGUACGGUCCUGUACCCGUGCCCGAGGAGGAGUUCGAGGAGGAGGUCAGCAGCAAGAAAGAGCUCACUUCUAUCAGAGAUGUGCUGAUCAAGAAGAGCGCCAGUCUCCUGAGCCCCACCGCGUGGUGGUCGCCGCGUUCCAGAAGAGCGCGUGCCAAGGAAGACAACAGAAUCGAGGAAGAGGAACAGCACCAGCGGCGAUGGCGAAGUUUAGGGGCGUUGCUUCGCACAGGUCCCACGAUCCAGCACCCUCCGCAGGCUCCCUCUCCUCGCGCUCAGUCCUUCUAUCUUCUGGACGACUUCCUCCGACCCCAACAGACUCGCCGUCGCGAAAAGGCCACAUCGAGCUCCGAUUCACUCGAGUUGUCCUCCCCCAUGCCGCCCCCCGUACCACCGCCGCCCCCGCCCCUUCGGCUGCUCCGCUACCGCAACCCCUGCGACUGCCUGCAGUGUCGGCGUGAACGGGACAGGGAUGUGGUUCUGCUCAACAACACGAGUCCUGGCUCGUUACCUCUCAGCAAGGACCUGUUGGCCAAGUUCAACGGCGUCAGCAAAGCGCCUCAGCAGCCGACUCAUAAGCUGAGGCAUGGGAUGCCUUCCAAAAAUGGAGCAGAGUUGCCCGUGCUAAAGACUGUGAUCCCCCUCAAGCCUGGCGGUGGAGGCUCUCAGACGCUGACCAAAUCCGAGUCGUCCCGAUCCUCCAGCACUGCCACCACGCCUGUCCUCGCACCUUCCUUUCCUCACCUCAACAACAACAACAACACCACCGCCCACAACAACAAUAAUAACAACAAUAACAACUCGGCCAGUCCUUCGCCUCAGCGGCUGGACCCACAUGGACGCCGGCUACCCCUUUCCCCCGCCGAGGCCCUCAAGUACUAUGGGUGUCGGUUGAGCGAGUUCGAGCGUGCAGAGCUGGAGAAGUACCCAGAGAUCUGGUAUUUGGGUCUGGAUGCCUGCAAGAUCCAUGGGGAAGAGGGCCUCUCACAGAAUGGGGGGUAUGAUGACGACAACGGCAGUUACAAUAAGGUCCUUCACGACCACAUAUCCUACCGGUACGAAAUACUGGAAGUGAUUGGAAAGGGCAGUUUUGGCCAAGUGAUACGAGCCCUGGACCACAAGACCAAUCAGCAUGUAGCUAUUAAGAUAAUUAGGUAAGUUGCGUAACCUGGCACUUU